GAGAGAGAGGGAGAGAGAGAUGGCGGGGAACGAGUGGAUAAAUGGGUAUCUUGAGGCCAUAUUGGACAGUGAAGACAACAUUAAUAGUAAUGUUAAUGUUAAUGGGGUGAGGGAAAAGGGUGAUUUUAAUCCAACAAAAUACUUUGUGGAGGAAGUUGUGAGUGGGGUGGAGGAGAGUGAUCUACACAGGACAUGGAUCAAAGUGGUGGCCACAAGGAAUACUCGACAAAGGAGCUCAAGGCUCCAGAACAUGUGCUGGCGCAUUUGGCAUCUUGCUCGCAGAAAAAAACAGGCUCCCAUAAACGGGUACGUGGGGGAUAAACAAUGGGUACGUCAUCACACGGUCCAAGAUAGAACCGGCUCUGAUACCAUGACAGAAACUCGGGCUCCCAUAAACGGGUACGUGGGGGAUAAACAAUGGGUACGUCAUCACACGGUCCAAGAUAGAACCGGCUCUGAUACCAUGACAGAAACUGGGGGAAAAUUGGUGCUGACCCACUACCAUGAACCGCACCAUGAAAAAACGGGAAAAGCCCAUAUGAAGCCCAAAUGGGGUUCCAUCCCAAAACCAAUUGGUGGAAGGAGGAGUAGCCCAUUAUUGGAGCUGGAGGAUUUUCAGAGGAUGUCAAACAGAAAGUGGGAACGAGAACAAGGUCGCAAGGAUGUAACAGAGGAAAUGUCCGAAGAUUUAUCUGAAGGAGAUGUAUUAGGAGACGCAUUAACGGUCGAUAGCCCCAUGAAAAAAUUCCAACGCAACUUCUCCAACUUGGAAGUCUGUUUACAUGGCCUUGUUCGUGGUGAAAAUAUGGAGCUUGGUCGGGAUUCUGAUACUGGUGGUCAGAUAAAAUAUGUGGUAGAGCUGGCAAAAGCCCUUGCCAAAACAGCAGGUGUGUACAGAGUGGAUUUGCUGACUAGGCAAAUCUCGUCAGCCGAAGUAGAUUGGAGUUAUGGUGAGCCAACAGAGAUGCUUAAUACAGGUCAUCAUGUGAGUUGUGAGGAUAGUGAAGUAGGCGAAAGUAGUGGAGCUUACAUUGUAAGAAUACCCUUUGGUCCUUCAGACAAAUACCUAAGAAAAGAGCUUCUAUGGCCUUACAUCCCAGAAUUUGUGGAUGGGGCAUUAUCUCACAUUCUUAACAUGUCAAAAGCUUUGGGAGAACAAAUUGGUAAGGGAAAAUUACCGGUUUGGCCCUACGUUAUUCAUGCCCAUUAUGCAGAUGCUGGAGAUAGUGCUGCUCUUCUAUCAGCUGCUUUAAAUGUCCCAAUGGUUUUAACCGGACACUCUUUGGGAAGAAAUAAGUUAGAACAGCUUCUUAAACAAGGAAGACAAUCCAAACAGGACAUUAAUUCAACAUACAGGAUUAUGAGGAGGAUAGAAGGAGAAGAACUUUCUUUAGAUGCUGCUGAGCUUGUUAUCACGAGUACCAAACAAGAGAUUGAUGAGCAAUGGGGACUAUAUGAUGGGUUUGACGUUAAGCUAGAGAGAGUUUUGAGGGCUCGUGCUAGGCGUGGGGUCACUUGUCAUGCUCGAUUUAUGCCUAGGAUGGCCGUUAUUCCUCCAGGGAUGGACUUUAGCAAUGUUGUUGUUCAAGAAGAUAUUGGUGAGAAUGAUGGCGACCUUUCAUCGCUAAUCAAUACUAAUACUAAUGAAGGGUCAUCGCCUAAAGCAGUCCCUGCUAUAUGGUCUGAAAUUAUGCGUUUUCUGACAAAUCCACACAAGCCGAUGAUUCUUGCAUUAUCGCGGCCCGAUCCAAAAAAGAAUCUGACGACUCUUAUUAAAGCUUUUGGAGAAUGUCGUCCACUACGAGAGCUAGCUAAUCUUACUCUUAUAAUGGGGAAUAGGGAUGAUAUAGAUGAAAUGUCCGGAGGAAAUGCUAGUGUGCUAACGACUGUAUUGAAGCUGAUUGACAAAUAUGACCUCUAUGGCCAAGUGGCUUUUCCUAAACAUCACAAGCAAAACGAUGUUCCUGAAAUAUACCGUUUGGCUGGCAAGACAAAGGGCGUCUUUAUAAACCCAGCUUUUAUCGAGCCUUUUGGACUCACUUUAAUCGAGGCUGCUGCUCAUGGCUUACCAAUAGUGGCAACUAAGAAUGGUGGACCUGUCGAUAUUCAUCGGGCUCUUAAUAACGGUCUUCUAGUGGACCCCCACGACGAACAAGCAAUUGGCGAUGCCCUUUUGAAGUUAGUCUCGGAAAAGAAUUUAUGGAACGAGUGCCGAAAAAAUGGGUUAAAAAACAUUCAUCUUUUCUCAUGGCCCGAACAUUGCCGAACAUAUUUGACUAGAAUUGCCACAUGUCGAAUAAGGCACCCUCAAUGGCAAACCGACACUCUUCCCAAUGACGAAAAUCAUGUUACUCACGAUGAUUCACUCAACGACUCACUUAAAGACAUGUCUUUGCGCUUAUCUGUCGACGGCGAAAAAACAUCAUUAGAUCAAAUCGUUGCCGAUAAUAACCCUGAGAUGAAGGAGCAUGUUAAGAAUGUCCUGAUGAGCAAAAUGAGGACAGGAGAUCUUAAUAAUGCAUCAUUCUUAGCAAGGCGUCGUAAAAUUUUUGUGAUAGCCCUUGAUUGCUAUGACGCUAAAGGAAGUCCAGAAAAAAGGAUGGUUGAUUUAAUUCGAGAUAUUUUGGAGGCUGUUAAGAUGGAUUCGGAGAGUGGGAGAUGUUCGGGAUUCGUGUUAUCUACGGCUAUGCCAGUUGAGGAAUUGAUGGAGGUUUUGAAAACAGGGGAUAUUAAAGUGAGUGAAUUUGAUGUGUUAAUAUGCAGUAGUGGUAGUCAAGUGUACUAUCCUGAGGAUGGAAAGCUGCAGCUUAGUCCUGAUCCAGAUUAUGCGUCACAUAUCGAGUAUAGAUGGGGUUUAGAUGGUGUGAGGAGUACAAUCUGGAAGCUAAUGAAUGCAUCAUCAGAAGUUGCUAAAGUUGAUUCUUAUUCACCUGUCAUUGAGGAAGAUGUACAAUCAAGCAAUGCACAUUGCCUUUCAUAUUUGAUUAAGGAUUUGAGCAAGGCAAGAAAGGUGGAUGAUUUGAGACAGAAACUAAGAAUGAGAGGUCUACGCUGCCAUUUAAUGUAUUGUAGAAAUUGCACAAGGAUGCAAGUUGUUCCUCUAAUGGCCUCUCGCUCACAGGCACUAAGGUACCUCUUUGUCCGUUGGCAAGUUAACGUGGCUAAUAUGUACGUGAUUCUGGGAGAAACAGGUGACACAGAUUAUGAAGAAAUGAUAUCUGGAACACAUAAGACUCUCAUUUUAAAAGGAGUUGUUAAAAAGGGUUCAGAAGAGAUGGUCCGAACCAUUGGAAGUUUCCUAAGAGAUGAUAUAAUUCCAACAAAUAGCCCCUUGGUUGCCGAAAUAGGGUCUCACGACUCUCCGAUCGGCAAACUAUCCGGACAGACUCUCCCAUCCAAACAUAUUGGCACAAAGGCCGAUCGGCUAUCAAGGAGUCCCAACAAUCUUGAUUUCGACAUCCUUCAUUGGAGCCUUUCGGGGUGUGGCUCGAGGUGGACGCUGCGAUUGUCACGGGCUCGGCCCUAUCAAGUAAAGGGGACGGGUCGUGACUCGACGCCUGCUAUGGGUCAAUCCCGUAACUCGGUAUAUCAUGAAAAAAGAAAGCCAUUUGCACCAGACCUCCGAACUGAGGGUUCGGUCAGUAGAAGGGACGAUUUUGUCUCCCCGGAAGAAGAAUAUCCCCGCUCUCUAGCCGACUGA